AUGGAAUCAUCCAACACUUUUAAAUUUACAGAAAUUCAAGGAGACCUUUUCACAGACUCACCACCUGGCGAUUCGCUUGCACACUGUAUUUCCGAAGAUCUUCGAAUGGGAAAAGGGAUUGCGGACAUCUUUAAAAAGAAAUUUCAAGGUCUCCAAGAACUAAAAGAACAAAAUAAAAAAGUUGGGCAAAUCGCGUACCUCGAACGUGACGGUCGAUAUAUAUUUUACGUUAUCACCAAGGAAAAAUAUUUUCAAAAACCAUCCAAGGCGAAUUUCGAGCGUGCAUUAAAUGAACUGAGAGUUAUGUGUGAGGAGAUGGACGUCAGGAAUUUGAGUAUGCCUAGAAUUGGAACGGGUUUAGAUAAAUUGCCGCUUGAAUAUGUGCAUGAUGUUAUUAAAGCGACUUUUCAGGGAACUAAUAUGAGAAUCUUAAUGUAUUAUUUGUGA